ACGGGGCCUUCCUGGCGCAGGGCUCGCUGCUCAACAUGCGCUCCUUUCUGGGUGUCGGCACGCCCCACGCAGCGCCCCACGGCCCGCACCUGCCCGCGCCGCCCCCACCGCCCCUCGCCGUGGCCUCGGGGAUGCUUCACGGCGACAAGGCCUCGGCCCGUAACAGCCCCGCGCUCCCAGAGAGAGACGUUGUCCCCAGGCCCGACUCGCCGCAGCAGUUAAAGUCGCCCUUCCAGCCGGUGCGCGACAACUCGCUGGCCCCGCAGGAGGGAACGCCGCGGAUCCUAGCAGCCCUCCCGUCCGCCUGAUUCAGGGUCUUUUAGUUUUGCGGGGGGAGGGGGGAGGAGUUCGGGAGGGAGGGGAUGAGGGAGGAAUUAAGACAAAUAUUUCAGACUGGUGUAAAGAACAAACAUGGCAACGACGUCAACGACUCCCAUCCAUCGCUUUCUGCAGAAAGGGGCUCGUCGGGCCGGGCUCGCGCCCGGGCAGCUGGCCGGCCCCGCGGCCGCUGGUCUCUGGUGGCUGUCGCCGCGCUCUGGUUGAUUAUCAGUUCGGUAAAUGCCCCCACGUGCUUGUGUCUUUUUUUUUUUUCCUUUCUGUAUAUAGAGUGAUUUCAGAUUGUAAAUAGCGCGUCAGCGAACUUGUCUAAAUCAUAUAUUUUUGUCUAAUAAACUAAAUGAAACGAUG